CCCCUCUCGCUGCACCGUCACCGAUGGCCCAAGCAUGGGGCGCCCGCCGCACCAUGAUCACGUGCCGGACAGUCCCGCCCUGUCCCGUCGCGUAACAGCCGCCUGGUCAUCGUCCCCCGUCCCGACCACCGCCCUCUGUCAGCCUACUUAGCCAGAAGGCCCGAGUCUGACGAAUUCGACGACUUACCUCCUUUUGACGACGCCAUGCUCGGAGACAUCAUGCUUUACGUGGCGACCCUCGCCAUCCUCCAUGCCGCAUAUUCCACGUACGAACACUUGUCCUAUCUCAAAGCUCUUGGACGACCAGAAGGGUCCUUGCCCCAAGACAUUGUGUUUGAAGCAAUCGCUGCGCUGAUACUCGGUAUCGUAGGGUCUGCAAUCCGGACACCUGAGCUGAGGGAGGUUACAUGGCGGAGUGAGAUGAAGCGCCGAUCUGCGGAAGAGCAGGAUCCGAGACUUUCCUUCACAACCUUCGCCCAGCGCGCCGGCAUUCUGCAAAGCUCCUCGGCUUCGUAGCGCUAGCCUUGCCAUCAGCUAUAUCCGUUCCCGCCCACCCGCUGACUUGGACUCGGAGGCGAUGGUGUACGAAGAUGCUGGCUGUGCUAGAGGUGUUGGCUGCUCGUCGUGAGUCAUGGUUCUUGAGUCAACUCGAGCCUGGCGACCUCCGUGCGACCCGUCGCGCAUGAUGUCGCUGCUGGUCCUCUCGGGAUGCUUUGUUUUCACUCAUGACAAUCGGCCUGACUGUGAACUCAAGCAUCUUCCGAUACGAUCGGUUGGCUUCGCACAUCCGAAGAAUUACAGCAGGCUUGCUAUAUAAUUACUUGGUUCUGCAAGUGCAU